CCAUUCGUUGGAAAUGCGUGACACUACGAGAAAUGAAUUAGCCGUUAGAAACCCAUUUUUGCCGACUUUUCCGCCAAUCACCUUCCAAUCAUGGCGUCCUUGACUCAGCUGCUUCUUCCCUAAACCCUAAACACAACCCCCCCCCCCCUCCUCCUCCAUUUUUCUUCUCUCUCCAUCAAUGGCGGAUUUCUCCUUCCUCUCCGACACUGACGAUUCCGCCGUCGAAGAUCUUCUAUCUCAAACCCAGGAUCUCUGCGUUCUUGAACAAAUCUCUGCCAUCAACUGCUCUUCCUUCACCCACUCCCAUCUUCCCACUGACCUUGAAUCCCGAUUCCGCAAGCUCAAAUCCUUCCCUGCUGCUAAAUCCGACACCAGGUCGGGUUUCGAUUCCAGGAAUAGUCCAUCUGUACACUCUGCCGAUGAGAAUUUGGGAGACGAUUUUGCUAUUUUUUCUCCUUCGAAACAGUGUAAUAAGAAGGAAGUAGGGUUUAGCCCUAAAUCUCAGUCGCAGCAUCUACCGGAUUAUUCAUCGGAAAUAGGGAACUCAACGUCUCCAAUGGAUAAUCAAAAUCGGAAAAAUGGAAGUUCCAGAUCGAAAUCGAAAUGUAGGUACGUUUCAUCUCCUUCGAAUUCUUCGUUUUCGUCCGGUGAAAUCGAUGAAAUAUCUGUACGGAAGAAAGAUGGCAAAAUCCGCUCCAAAACCAAGUCAGAAUCUGGAUACUCGGCUUCUCCGCCUCAAUCACCGCCGAGAAAAACCGGUUGUUUUUGGUGUUCACCGAAGAAAACUUCAGAGAAGAAGAGCAGCGGAAACAAAAUUCUGGAGAAUAGCCUUGGAUGGGGUAAGAACAAUGAAUUCCUUUCAGACUUGAACAUUUUUUCGGCAAAAGAGCAAGAGAAAAUUCUGAAAAAGGCAAUGAAAGAGGAAGAGAAGAUCAAUCGGGAGGCUGAGAAAAUUGUGAAAUGGGCAAAGCAAGCUUCUGCUAGGAUGAAUAUUUCAGACAUUGAAGACGAGCUUAGCGAUGAUGAAGAAAUAAAAAAAAGAGUAUGAAAUUCUGAUGCUAUUUAUGGUUAAUCUUGAUUCUUGUUCUUGCAUAUAAUCAACUAUAUAAAGUAUAUACACACAUGACUUGAGCCUUGAAGUUUCUCCAUAAUAUAUAUAGAAAAGAAAUGAAGUUUCUCCAUAGUAUAUAUAUAUAUAUAUAUAUAUAUAUAGAAAAGAAAUGUAGUAUGAAAUAUAUGUGUUUUGUUAGUGUACUGUGGAUGAGGGAAAUCUGGAAGAUAUGAAGCUGUGAUGGCAUGCCUGUUUUUUCGAAUUUCUUUGGAGUUUGGAAAUGGAGAAAAAGAAAGAUAUAGUUAUGUUUAUAUGAUCAUCAUCUUCUUUAA